AUGUCCCCUCUUAGAGGCUAUAUCACAUCCUACCCCCCGCGGGUGCGCCAAUAUGGGAACGCGCUUCUCACUCCCAUCAACCCUCCCACUCAAGUCGGCCCUACGCCGCGCACGACGAAACGCGGAACCGCUGCCAUCAACUACGCCGAAGACGGUUAUGAUGAUGAUGAUUUUGAUGACAGCGAGGGACCUCGGCGGCCCACCGGCCUGAGAAGCCUCCGACGAGAAGAGUCAACUUUCGAUAAAGUUCCCUUGGCAGAAAAACUGGGGAAAGAGAUCCAUGCCCCAGUCGAGGUCCAAGGGGUGUUUCGGGAUUGGAUGAUCAAGAGGAUGUUACGGCCUGCUUGCGCAGACCAGCUACAGAUCCAAGCACAGCUGCCCUUAACCCUCAUACCGAUUCGAAUUGAUUUGGAAAUACCGGCGCAUCAACCGUUGGAACCUUUCCCCCUGCCGCGAACGGUCAUAGACCCAGGGCUCAAUCUCACGCUGCCUGGGUAUAGACGACCCGAGCCACUGCCCGCCUAUCGUAUCAAGGAUACGUUUCUCUGGAACCUUCACGAAGCUCUCGCAACCCCGGAGGAGUUUGCCGUCGGAUUCGUUCGUGACAUGGAUCUCCCCAGCCCGCAGGCAAUGACCAUGGCGAUCAGUAAUCAAAUCCGCCAACAAUUAGAAGAAUUUGCCGGAGUCGCACUGCAUCCGCUCUUCCAGAGAACACAACACAAGCCUCCCUCCGCCUCCCAGAAUGGGCUGUCGCGCGAUGUGUCCAUGACCCCGGCCUUCACACAUGCGGCCACCCCCGACAGCAGGGCCAAUGCAGUGACUGUCACCAAAGAACCCCUGAUCAACGACAGCCUUUUAAAUCCUGAUGAUGCGUAUCGGUGCAUGAUCAAUCUAAACAUCAAUUUGCAGAACAAACUGUACACUGACAAGUUUGAAUGGUCAUUGCUGCACCCUGCCGGGAUGGCCGAAGAAUUUGCCAAGAUCACUUGCGCCGACCUAGGGUUGGGCGGAGAAUGGGUUGGUGCCAUAUCGCAUGGCAUAUACGAAGCUGUCUUGAAACUCAAGAAGGAGGUUUGUGAAAGUGGCGGGCUCAUCAGCGGUAUAUACGGGAACGAGAUCGACAAUCAAGCGGCGAAUGGCGCCGAGGCCGGCUGGCGAUAUGAUCCCGAAGGGCUUGGGGAUGAAUGGGAGCCCAAGGUGGAAGCGCUAUCGAAAGAAGAGAUCGAAAAACGAGAAGGUGACCGCGAGCGACAGAUCCGCCGGUUACGGCGAGAGACGGCUCGGUUCUCAUCUACCACCGGCAUCACUCCUGAAGUGUCCCGACAAGGCAGCGGGGGUUAUUUCGAUGUUGAUAGCGAAACCCCAUUGGGUCGAGGCGAGCGCAGCAAACGAAAAAGACGCUUCCGCAGUAUCAGUCCAGGCGCGAGAGGAGGCACCCCCGGUGGGCGAGGAACUCCGGAUACCGGCUCGGGGGCUGGCUACGGUGGCGGUGGUGGUACACUCUCUGAAUGGGAACGUCAAAACUGGCGAUGCAGCAACUGUAUGGUCUGGGGCACCGCGGUCUGGGCGGUGCGGGAUGGGCCUGCUGGUCCUAGGACACUUUGCCACAACUGCGGUCUUCUAUAUGAACGAGACAAGGUUGCUCCGGAAUGGUCGAGGGAUUUGCACCGACAUGAUCUCCCAAUUGGCCGGUGA